AUGAUGAAGUAUUUUAUCGGUUUAUUUUCCAUCAGUUUACUUUUAUUAGCAAUUUGUGCUGAUAAUUCUAAUACCAAUACAAUGUUACAUAAAGCAGGUGAUUAUAGCAAUUUAGUAUCGACUGAAAGUGUUGGAAGUGAUGAACAAAAAUUGAAUGAUGAAGAAAGUGAAGAAGCGUACGAAAUAUAUGACGGUGAUGAUGACGAUGAUGAUGAAGACAGCAAGAAUGACGAGAGUGAUUAUGAAAACGAUGAUGAUCAAGACAUUGAGGAUGACGAGAGUAAUUAUGAAAAUGACGACGAAGAUGACGACGACGCCGAUGAAUUUGAUGACGAUGGUGAUGAAAGUAACAAUAAUAGCGAAUAA